AUCUCUGUGACUCUUCAUCGCCAUAUUGGGCGUGGAAAGCCUCGCCUUGUUAUUUCUCUUCCCCUUUUUUACUACGACGCACAGUUGACACGAGCGCUGCUUUUGUUUUGACGCUCCUCGCGCGUCCGUGUCUUUCUGCUCAUGCGGCGCGCCCGGAGCGACACUCACGUUUGCGUUCUUCGGUCUCGGAUCGCGUUGAAUCAGGAGUGAACAGCUGUUUGGUUUGUUUGGCGUCGAUAACACCCGAAAGAUGUCCGACGUGCGCUUGUCUAGCGCCAGUCCGACGAUGGAGCGCAUGGGUGCGCGGCUGUCCGAUCAGCCCAAGCCGUCGGCGUGUCGAAACCUGUUCGGCCCGGUGGAUCACGAAGAGUUAAAGAAGGAUUUCCAGCGUCACAUGAAGGCGACGGAGGACGCGGCGGCGGACGCGUGGAACUUUGACUUCUCCGCGCACACGCCGCGAACCGGCGGGCGGUUCCGUUGGGAAGCGCUGGACAUCAGCGCGGUGCCCGGAUUCUACAGCAGGUCGGCGCGGAGAAAGGGAUCAAAUGCUAAUAUUUGCUCUCCUGGGAAUAAUCACAAUGAUAUUAAUGUGGAUUUAAACGGGAAUCACGACUGUCCGGUGGCGGAGGAGACCGCGGAGACGCCCGAAUCACCCGGAGAUCAGAGGAAAAGACCAUCCUGCCUCGACUCGUCGUGUCACAGUAAACGCGCGCACAUCUGUGUGGAAGAAGUGACCCGGACGCCCAGAAAACCCCAAAAACCCCGGAGACACCCAAGCCCGACAACCACAUAAACAACAGCGAGGGCUGAAGAUGUCGUCGUCUGUUUGAAGAUCUCAGUGCUUCAUGAACGAGUUGAAGCCCCAGAGGAGCGUUUGGAAGGAAAGCCGAAACAUGUCGACGGGAGUGUGUUUGUGUGUGUUUGUGAGCACUGAAACACUACACGUGUGGCACUCAAAGGCGCUGCGUCUAAAGCAGUCUAUGUAGCAGUGUGCAAAUAGGUUCAAAAAACUUUUUUGCCCAUUUUUUUUUCUUCUUUUUCUUACUACCUGUGUAUAUAAUUAUAUAUUUGUUUCUUUUCCAUAUGUAGCACAUAAUUAAUGUUAUGUUGGAUUUUUUUUCUUGAAGGUGUGAGAUUUUGGUUUGACUCGAAGAGCCACGUGUAGACUAUUUCCAAAAUGCUGUUUAUCUUAUUAUUUUUGCAGUUGGGAAGGCAGUGUGUCUCUUUACAUCUAAACGUUUUUCAGAGAGGUACAUCAGACUUUUGUUUUACUUCCCAGAUGAUUAAAAAAGUCAAAGUUCUGAGGUCAAACCUUGUAGCAUUGAGCAGUAUUAAUGUCAGGCACUUCCAGAGGCCUCGGCCUCGCUUAAAUUAUUUCUCUGUUCAUCAUCUUUCUUUUGAGUGAGAUUUCCUACUGAUUUGCUUUGGUUUCUUUUUUCCGUUUUGAUUUUGCUUUGUUUUCGACUCAAUCACCCUUGGUUUUGUUGUGUGUGUGUGUGUGUGUGUGUGUGUGGACCCGUUAGCAUCUUAAAAAAAACUCUUAUCGAUAGACUCUGUGGUGAAACGGAUGCGUAACUGUAUUUAUAGAGUAAAUAUUAAUAUUUGAACAAUUGUACACUGCCUGUGUAUUUGCGCAAACGAUGUACCUGUGUACAUAACUGUAAAAACACUGAGAAAAUUAAAACUAACUUAUUUAUGUCAAGCUUUUUUUCUUUGGAAAUUAAAAAUGGGGUUUUGGUCGAGAUUGGAGUCAUAUUUUUGUAAAUGCUUAUUUUUUUGGUAGUUUCCUUUUAUUCAUGUUUUCGUUUGUAAUAUUAUUUUAACAAAUUGUAAGAGGUUGCAAACUGAGCCUGAUUAAAAUAUUUGAGAAGUG